UGGGAAUUUUGUUUAUGUUGUUUGUUAACUAAAUUUUAGAAGUUUGUCAUCAAGAAUAAAUACGAUCAGUUUGUAGCUUUGUUUUUAUUAGAGUUCCCUUUCAACGCCAACCAUGUCAAAAAAGAAGAUGGGGUCGAAUAUUGCCGACCUAGUUGGUGAAGAAGUACGAAUAGCUGUUAAUUUGAGAUUGAAGAAAUUCUUGAAAGCCGAAGAUUGCAAAGAAUUUGAAUUUCCAUCAUCAUUAACACGUAUUGAAAGGGCAUACAUACAUAUGCUUGCAAGGGACAUAGGUCUUCGAUCCAAGAGCAGAGGGAAAGGUGCAAACCGGUAUCUGACAGUGUACAAAAGGGAAGGCUCCAGCAUAGUCCAGGCUGAUGCUGUGUUUCAGUUAGGAAGAGCCUCUCGACAGCAUAUCUUCAUGGUGUUGCACAAAUAUCCUCUCACUAACAAGGAAAGGCAUGAGUUGCUGCCACUGACAGAGAGAGAUCGCUUGACAACUGAAGUGAAGGAUGUCAACAAAACAAUGGGUCGGCUCAACAAUGCCAUACCACAAGUACCUCCAUAUUCCGUCAACCAAGAAUUGCUGCCUUAUAGGAAGCAGCUCCCAAUAUGGAACAUGAGGGAGGAAAUUUUGCAAGUUGUGAAUAAUAAUCAGGUUGUUAUAAUUGCAGGAGAAACUGGCUCUGGAAAGACCACACAGGUUCCACAGUUCAUUCUAGAAAAUGGACAUCUGACAGGAAAAGCAUGUCGCAUUAUAUGCACACAGCCACGUCGAUUGUCUGUAGUGUCAGUUGCUGAGAGAGUGGCUGCAGAGCGCGAUGAGAAGAUUGGGGAGGCUAUUGGAUAUCAGAUUCGCCUAGAAAGCAGAUUGGGACCAAAAACUGUGUUGACAUAUUGUACUGAUGGUGUGUUGUUGCGCACAUUGAUGGGCACGGAUUCAACACUAGCCACAGUAACACACAUUUUAGUUGAUGAGGUCCAUGAACGGAGCCGUUUCACAGACUUUCUGCUCAUUGUUCUUCGUGAUGCUCUGUGCAAGUUUCGCUCUCUUCGUCUUAUACUUAUGUCAGCCACCCUCGAUACACAAAUAUUCACCAAAUACUUCAACAAUUGCCCAAUUGUUACAGUGCCUGGCCGCUUGUAUGAAGUAAAAGAGUAUUAUCUGGAGCAUAUACUAAAACAGACAAAAUACAUGACCAAAAAAAUGAUGCAAAGUAAGAAAGAGCUUGAGAAAAAAAAGGACCAGAGUAUGAAGUUGGAAAAAUGGACAAAAUCUGCUAUGGAUCCUGCACUGAAGGAACAAAUUAAUAAGAGUGAGAGGAGAGCCAUUCUUGCUCCAAUCCUUGGACAACAGACAGAGCCACUGCCAGAAAAGACUGAAUUAGAAAAAUGGUUAAUCGAAGAGAUGGAUCGCUGUAUUUUGGAAGCUUGGCUGUAUGGCACAGAGGAUUCAUUCACACAGCUUCUCCACUUAAUGCUAUCUGAAAACGUCUCAGUAGAUUAUCAGCAUUCUGAAACAGGAGUGAGUCCACUGAUGGUGGCUGCAGGUCGUGGUUGUCUUAAUACAGCAGAACAGUUGCUCAGCCUUGGAGCGAAUGUUUGCUUGCGCUCAUCUAAUGAUUGGACAGCUUUAGAUUGGGCACACAAUCUUAACCAGCCAGCAAUGGUCGAAUUGCUGGAGGCUUACAUGAAUGCAGAUAUGGUUGUUGCCGAACCUUUGCCUGGAUUGACAGAAGUAGUGAGUGAAGAAGAUAGAAAACUGCUGGAGAUCUAUCACCAUAGCUUCAAUGAUGAAAAUAUUGAUAUGGAUCUUCUGAUGAAACUGCUUAUUGACAUACAUUCAUCAGGAACUAAGGGUGCCAUUCUCAUUUUUCUUGCUGGAUAUGAUGAUAUAGUUUGCCUCCGAGAGAAGAUAAAUUUUGAAGAAAAACAUCUCAAUGAAGCUGGCAAAUAUAAUCUUUACACUCUUCACUCAAAUAUGCAGACAAGUGACCAGAAGCGUGUAUUCAGGCCAUCUCCACCCGGUGUUCGGAAGAUCAUUCUAUCUACUAAUAUUGCUGAGACCAGUAUUACAAUAGAUGAUGUGGUAUUUGUUAUUGAUUCAGGAAAAGUUAAAGAGAAAUCAUUUGACGCGCUUUCCGGAGUAUGCUUAUUGCGACCUAUGUGGAUAUCAAAGUCAUGUGCAAAGCAACGUGCUGGUCGAGCUGGACGAACACAGCCUGGAGUGUGUUACCAUCUUUUUUCUAGCGAGAGGUAUCAAAGACUGCAAGCUUAUCAAACCCCAGAGAUCCUAAGAAUGCCAUUGCAGGAACUAUGUCUACAUACAAAGCUGUUGGCACCUGCCAAUACACCAAUUGCAGACUUCCUUGCUCGUGCACUUGAACCUCCUUCAUUUGUUGUCACAAGGAAUGCUGUCCAACUUCUUAAGACAAUUGAUGCACUAGAUGCUUGGGAGGAUCUUACAGAAUUAGGGCAUCAUCUCCUUGACAUUCCAGUAGAUCCUCGCCUGGGAAAAAUGUUGCUCUACUCUGUUGUGCUUAAGUGUCUAGAUCCAGUUCUUACUAUUGUCUGCUGCUUGGCACACAGGGAUCCAUUUGUUCUUCCUACACAACCAUCAAUGAAACGUGCUGCAUCUGCAGCAAGAAAAAAAUUUGCCGCUGGAACAUAUAGUGACCACAUGGCACUUCUUCGAGCUUUCCAGGCAUGGCAGCAUGCAAGAGCAAAUGGCUGGGAAAAGUCAUUUUGUGAGAAACAUUUUGUGUCAGCUGCAACUAUGGAAAUGGUGGUUGGUUUGCGAACACAGUUGUUAGGCCAGUUAAGAGCUUCUGGCUUCGUGCGUGCACGUGGAGGUGGAGAUAUUCGUGACCUUAACUCCAACUCGGAGAACUGGGCAGUGGUGAAGGCAGCUCUGUGUGCUGGUGUAUAUCCAAAUUUAAUUCGUGUUGACAGAGAACAUACACAGAUGCGUACACAGAAAGAGUUCUGUGUGAUGUUUCAUCCAUCAUCAGUGUUACGUGAAUGUCCGAAGAGCCCAAGAACAUCUGUAGCAGCUUCACAUACAGCAACAGUGGAGGCACUUCCAUCAGAUUGGCUUUUGUAUGAAGAAAUAAGUCGUACAGGCAGAUACUGUCAUGUUCGCUGUUGCACACUUGUGACACCUGUAACUGUUGUAUUGUUUGCUGGACCUGCUCGUAUGCCACUUGAUGCCAUAUCUGAAGUUGAAGGAGCAGUGAGGGGAGAUGCAGUAUUGGGAGGUGCAGCUGAUAGUGACAGUGAAGCAGAAGACAGGCCAGAAGGCCAGAAUACAACUUUGAAAUUAGAUGACUGGGUAGUAUUCCGUAUUGAUGCAGAAACUGCUCAUCUUGCUCUUCAACUCAGACAGAAAUGGCAUUCUCUUUUCUUGCGUCGAAUGCGAGCACCAGCCAAGCCAUGGUCACAGGUUGAUGAAUUUGUCGUGAAGACCGUUGUUGGGGUGCUGACAGCAGAGGAAGCUGCACUUGGCCUGCAGCAACCAAAUGGAAUCGGGCAAAGGCCAAGGCCAGUCAGCAACGAUUUCUGUCUCUCAGGAGAGCGCUUGGACUCAUUGAGUGCUAAACAUGUGGGAAGUGGCAGUGCUUCGCCGACUCCUUCACACGGUAGUGGAGGAGCAGGGAACAGUGUUGGUGCAUGCAACAGUGGAAGCACGGAGCCAACAUUGCUUAUACCUUUAACAAAAACACACAUUUCGUCUGCUUCACAUGAUGAACCUACAGGUGACACACGAUAUUUCAUCAUUAAAGCUGGCAGUCUGAAGACUGUUGAUGCUUCCAUCAGCCGCGGUGCUUGGGCUUUUACACCAGCUACUGAGCGGAAAGUUACACGCAUACUAAAGGAGGGCAAGCGUGUCAUUCUGGUGUUCAGCGUCCAGGGGAGUGGUCAUUUUCAAGGGUAUGCACGAUUGUUGGGUACAAGACCUGUUGAUCCACCUCGAACAGGAGCCCCUGCAGAUCCCUCUGGUGACUGUCAGCCACUGCCAGAGAUUCAUGAACUUGGUGGCCCCAAUAUGGGGCAGCCAUUGCCUGUUGAAUGGCUGAAGAGAGCUAAUGUGCCAUUCCAGGCAACCAGGCACCUGCUCAACCCUUUCAAUGAAAACCGGCGGGUGCAGACUAGUCGUGACGGCCAGGAGAUAGAACCCACAGUUGGGGAAGAACUCUGUAACCUUUGGGACCGAAUACCGCCAUUCAUCCAUAAGUCAAUGCUUUCAGCUCGCCAGCAACUCCCUCAUCAGCAACAAGGGCAGCAUCAACAACCACAUCAGCAGCAGCAGCAUCAGCAGCAGCAACAACAACAACAGCAACAGCAGCAGUUACAAGGAUCUAGUUCUACAAUUCUUGGCAAAAGUUUCCAUCAUGGUCGUCCCAUCCGUGGAAAUUUUUCUUAUGGUGGAUAUAGUCGUGGAACAGGCUUCCAUUAUUACAGUCCUCGAGGGGGACACCAUAACAAGUGAAAGACUGUAAUGCCUUUUUUUUUUUUUUUUUUUUUCAAAGUCAGGCAAGUAUAAUAUAUAGUUUAAAAUGGACACAGAUGUUCUUGGUUCUUUUAUGUCACUGCUGGUGUUCUGUAGUAAAGCGAAGUGGGUGUCAUCAGCAUUUACCAUAACUUUGCAUUGCAGGCAGAGUUGAUAGUGUUCUUGGAUGUUUGUAAUGAGAUGAUAAUUCUGUGUGUCUCUUUCUUCGUGCCUUAUGAAGUGUGGUGUUGUCAAUAUGCGACAUAAAACCUAUUGUUAGAUGAAACAAUCUUUGAUGUGUUCCUGUAUUCCCCAUCUGUGUUUUUUACUCAUGUGAUGCUUCUCUUCAUUUUGCUUUGCAUUAUUUCUGUUGCUAAAGUGACUUUUUAUUUGUAAUUUGUUGUUCAUUUUAUACAAAGGAACAAAUUGAACAGACAAGUCAUCUGCACUUAGGUUUUUGGCAAUAUUAACCUAAUCCCACGACUGCUCAUUUUACUCGAAAGUAAUUUAUUUUAUGUUCAUCUUCACUGUAUCAGUUUGCUUUUUAUUUCUUUGCAUUUGUAAAAUAAUAGCGUUAUUCAUUGUGGUUUUAAAGCAAAAUGUAGAGGAAAAACUUUCCUUUAUUGUUGGGAACAUUUUUUUUUUUUUUUCUUUUUUAGUGCAAAGCGCUGCCUAAAGUCAUGGCUGAUAGCCAGUUUGUUUUAUUUUGUGUAUUAAUGGCUAACAUUUACAUUCAAUGUAAAGAUAUUAAAAUACCCCACAUAACAAAAACAUGAAUUUUAAUGCAGGAAGAUUUUGAUCAAGAUCUUUAUAAUACAGGGUAUCCUGUUAACAUUACAUAUUGAUCAUUUUUUAGCACAGUUAAUGAUUAUAGUGUGAUCGUUUGUAGUUAUGUAAAUAUUACUAUUCCAUUAUAACAUAUGAUAUUUGUGGCUUAAAACAGGUAUUUCCUUGGACAAGAUUUUUAUGUUGGUGUCCCAGUGAGGGACUGUAUAAUUAGUGCAAUUUGUUAUUAGUACCAAAGGCCACAGUUUUUAAAUAGCUCGCAUUUUUUCUUUCCCAAAUAAUUCUUACACUUCCCUGUCCGUGCAAGACUAAACUGAGUGAGAUUUUACAAUCUGAUUUUAAGACGUUGCAUGAAAGUGUCUGUAAAUGUAGUGUAUCCAUGACAUUAUCAUUUGCUUACUGUUUCAGUCAAAUAUACUAAUGGUUGAAGUAAAAUCAUAAGUGAAGAACAUAAAAAAAAAAA